AGGAUUUAUAUGAAAUCGGCCUGUUAUCUCGAGAGAGCGAUUCAUUGUAUUUACAUAAAUAGAAAGCAGAUACGUUCGCCAACCCUAUAUUAAAAAAAAAAAACGAUCAAUAGAUUUAGUGUUUAUUCAUACCAUUUCGUUACAACAAAACAGUGAUGUGGUUUGAGGAAAUUUUUGUUAAACGCAGUGCAAAGAUGAUGCCUCUACCCCACAAUCAAGAUAUUUUUUGUUAUUUAGUUAACAAACACUCAACAUGGAAAGUAAGCAGAUACAAACGAGUGUUUUCGUUUGGAACACAAGGAAUCACAACAUACAAUCCGGAAACUUUAGAAGUUACCAAUCGUUGGUUAUACUGUGAUAUAUUAUCUGUGAAAAGAGUAUUUGAAAAGCCUGGGAAAUUUAUUAUAACAUUCAGAAAAGACAAAAAUAAAAAAGUUGACACUAUGUGUUUUUCCACGGAACAUCGUGCAGAAGUUCUUUCAGUGUCUUCCCAAUUUAGAUUUAGGUUUAGUGAAAAACCUAGUGAUAGUCAGAAGUAUGAAGCUCAAAAAUUGCAUUGGUCAGGAACUCGAUUACCAAUUGUACUUGAUGUUACACCAACCUCUCUUGAUCAGUUGGAUGCUGCUACUAACCAUCUUUUAGCAAAAUAUGAGUUCAAAGAUAUUGAAAGUAUAUAUGAACUCUCUAAAGUGGCGGAUACAUUUGUUGUUGUUAUGAAAAAUUUUGGCCGAAUGCAUCUUUUUGUAUGUCAAAAAAAAGUUGAAAUUAAAAAAAAAAUAGAAGAAAAUUCUUCUUAUUAUCUUGGAAUUGAUAUAAAAAUACAGGUUAAAGCAGAGCAAAUUGACUAUUUUAUAGAAAAUAGGUUUGGCAACUUUAGUGGUGAUGAAUAUUGCACAUCAUUGACUGAAUUCAACGUUGAAAAAUAUACCAGUAGGAGUCAUCAAGAUCCUCAACAAAGGUUACUCUGUAUAACCCAAACUUGUAUCUUGGAAAGAGACCCAGAAACGUACAAUAUUGUUACACUUAGACCGCUGACAUCUAUUUUCGCUUUAAUUCGAGAGUACAAAAACCCUAGACUUUUUACUGUGGAAUAUACAGAUAUGUCAUCGAGAACGUAUAGUGGAGCUAAUAGAGAUUCAAUAUUGGCUACUAUACUCGAAGGAGCCCGUGGUAUAGGGAAUAAAGAUAUUCAUGUGAAAAUGAAGUGUACUUGCCGUGGAAAGCGAUGGGGACCAUACCAUACAGACAUGGAAGAAGAAGUAGAGACGGUCCACUUAAGGUUAUUAAAAGAUUCGAUUGGAAAGAAAGGCAUGAGUGAAAUGAUAGAAAGAUUUAAUGCCAAUGUACCAUACAGUGGCCUUUUGCAUUCAGUCACACAAGAUGGGAUAUUUAAAGAAAAUAAAGAAAAGCCAAUUGUACAAGUUUUAAAUGUAAUUACAACUAAGAUAAAAGAUACUGUUGAUACUAAUUCAUUGUGUGAUGAAGAAUUGGAAGCUUUGUAUCAUGCUAUCAGGCGGCUAGUUGCAUCAAAAACUGGAUUUAGUUCAUUUACACAGUUAAAUGGGUUUAGAGAAAGCCUUGGAUUUAUUGUUGUAAAAGGUUUAAAUAGAAACAAUGAAGCCAUGACCCAUGCAGCUGUAGAUAUGAUUUGUGCAUUAAUGCGCCCAAUGCAUGAAGAUUAUGAUUUGAAACAAGAGCAACAGAAUAAAUCAUCUUUAUUAUCUAAGGAAGACUUUUUGAAUAAACUAUUGGAUAGAUGGACACAUUAUGUUAAUAGUGGAACUGGUGCACUUGUUGUAGCAGCUAUGCUUGAUAUGUUGACUUUUGCUCUCUGUUUACCAUACAGUGAAACAACUGAAGGGAGAUAUUUUGAUGCAUUACUUCAAUUAGUAGCUAAAAGAGGAAGAUGUUUAUUUAAGCAUUUCCAGCACCCCUGUGUCACAAUUGUAAAAGGAGCUAGUCUUUUGAUGCAAGCCAUUAUCGAGGAAGCCGAGCAGGAUGUGGCAAGGAACAUGCAAGAACUUGCUUUGAGUGAAAGUGCUUUACCUCGUCAUUUAUUAACUGCCUUAUUCACUCCUAAAACUGACUUGCAAAUGUAUACACAGUGCAAGUUAUCUAGGCAGUUAGUAGGUCUGUGGUUGGCAGGUAACAAUAAUGGGAUGGAACUUCUUAAACGCCUGUUGCCCUCUGGUUUACUAGCCUAUUUAGAAAGUGAUGAAAUACCGCCAAAAGAAAGUGAUGACAUGGCUAUUAUAGUAAGGGAUAAUUUAAAACUAGCACAAGAUCAUGCAAAUAAAUUGGCCAAAAAUCCUCACUUGGCAAUCUUGGAAAAGAGAUAUCGACUACUAGAAAAACACAUUGAGAAUACAUUCGAGCAUUGGGGAGCACGGCUUGGCAAAGAAAAAAGAAAUGAUAAACUUAAAUUUGCACCAGUGGUAUUACGAAAAAGCAGACAACAAAUAAAAAGUAAUUUGAAUUGGGCAUUAUUUUAUUAUAAAUUCAAUCAUAAUCACUCUCUUCCUAAUUUAAUUUGGAAUCAUAAGACUCGAGAUGAAUUAAGAAAUGCUUUAGACAAAGAAGUUAAAGCAUUUGACGCCAAUAGGGAACUCACAAGAGGAAAUGUAAUCGCUUGGAAUUACUCCGAAUUUGAAGUUAUAUAUGCUAGUCUAAAAGAUCAACUCUGCAUCGAUGGAUAUUAUAUUAAAGUACUGUUGGAUUGUCGAAAAGCUCCUGAGUCACUGUCUAACAUUUCAACGAGCUUUUUUAACAAUUUGUAUCACCGAUUUCUAGUUCCAACGGCACCUGAAAUAAAAUGUAUGUGCCUUGAAGCAUUAGCCAUGGUGUAUGAAUGUUAUCAUGAAAGUAUAGGUUAUUUUUCUGAUACAAAACAUAUUGUUAAUAUGUUAGAAAGGACAGCUGAUAGAUUAGAGCGUGAUAGGCUCAUACUUUUUUUAAAGACUUUAACCCACAAUAAGGCUAAUGUUAAAGAUAUUAUAGUGAAUUCUUCAGGUAUAACGAUUCUUGUAGAUCUCAUGACACUUGCACAUCUACAUACUUCCAGAGCUUACGUUCCUACACAAACUAACGUGAUUGAAUAUGGAAAUUCUUUUGAAAGAGAACAGGAAAAAGAAUGGCAUUAUUGUAGUACAUCUGAAGAAAGGAAAGAAGAUAAUAAAAAUCCUCGUAAUUCAGUUUCAUUUAAAGAGCUAAAAGAGUUGUAUAACAAAGGGGUAAUUAACAACAAAACAAAAUGUUGGGCUCAAGGUAUGCACAAUUGGAGACCUCUUCAAAACAUAACCCAACUUAAAUGGACACUUCUUGCCAAAGGAAAUUCUAUUUUAAAUGAGAGUGAACUUGCUAUUACAAUCCUCAAUAUGAUGAUUAGAAUGAUAGAGUAUUAUCCAAGCAGGAACAAAGAUAAUGCGAUAAUAUGCCCAAUGAGCAAAAUCAAGGAACUCCUCUCAAGUGAACAUUGUAUUCAUCACAUAGUUCAACUUCUUCUUACGUUUGAACCCAUAAUAGUGGAGAAAGUGGCUACUUUGCUGUGCUGUAUAGCUGAAGACAAUAUUUAUAUGCCAAAAUUAUAUACAACUGGUGUAUUUUAUUUUAUAUUAAUGUACAAUGGAUCCAAUGUUUUACCUAUAGCAAAAUUCCUAAAGAUGACUCAUUCAAAGCAAACUUUCCGGGGAGAAGAGAACUACACAUCAGAAUUGAUGCAGAGAAGCAUUCUUGGACAGUUGUUACCUGAAGCAAUGGUCAAUUAUCUAGAAAAUCAUGGACCGGAAAAAUUCGCACAAAUAUUUUUGGGGGAAUUUGAUACUCCUGAAGCAAUUUGGAAUGCAGAAAUGAGACGCAUGCUUACUCAAAAAAUUGCUGCCCAUAUUGCUGAUUUUACGCCUAGGCUGUGGAGCAAUAAUAAAGCUCAGUAUCAGUACAUAGUCAUCCCAGUGGUUAAAUAUCCACAAUUAUUAAAUGAACUGUUUUGUAAUAUCUUCUACCUAAGACAUCUCUGUGAUACAACUCGCUUUCCCGAUUGGCCUAUUAAUGACCCAGUUAGUGUUCUCCGAGAUGUUCUAGAAGCAUGGACUGGCGAAGUAGAAAAAAAACCACCUGUUAUGUCUUGCGAUGAAGCUUAUGCAAUUUUAAACUUACCCACUGGCCAACAUCAUGACGAACCUGUCAUUAGAAAGGCUUACUACCACCUUGCACAAAAGUAUCAUCCUGAUAAGAACAGCGAAGGAAGGCCCAAAUUUGAAGCAGUCAAUAAAGCUUAUGAUUUCUUAUGCAGCAGAAGUUCUUGGAAUGAAAAUGGAAUCAACACAAAUAAUAUUAUUCUUAUUCUUCAGACUCAAAGUAUACUAUUUGAUCGAUAUUCACAAGAGCUGCAACCUUACAAAUAUGCUGGCUACAAACAGCUCAUAAAAACCAUACAGCUAGAAGCAAAUGAUGAACAUUUGUUUUCAAAACAAACAUUACUCUUACAAUCAGCAAUUGAAUUAAUUUAUCAUACUAUCAAAUGCUCAGCUUUAAACGCUGAAGAAUUUAAUAGAGAAAAUGGCUUCCAGGUGACUUUAGUUGCAUUUGAAAGAUGUGUUUCUAUUCUAAGUGAAUCGACUACUGACAAUGAUUCACUUUCACAAAUAUGUCUGCAUUGUACAAAAUCGUUCACCAUCGCUGCUUCAUUCCACAGUUGCAGAGAAACAUUCCAGUGCCUACCAAAUUUGAUUCCUGAUAUUCUUCGAGUGUUACAUUUUAAAAACCUUAUAAAGCUAAACUGUGCUGUAGUAGAGUGUGUAAGUGCUUUGACUGUAGACCCUUUUCUACAGAUGUCAUUAUUAAAUCACGGUAUUUUAUGGUAUUUGCUUUCUUAUUUAUUUUUAUACGACUUCACAUUAGAGGAAUGUGGGAUAGAAAGCACCCAAGAAGAUAAUCAGCAGAAAGCAUGGAAUGAAAUAGCGAAACUUUCAGUUGAAGCGUGUGCUCGGAUUAGUGGAUAUAAAGAUUCAAAUGACAAAAGUCCGCACAAUCCUAAAGUUAAAAGUAUAUUAUCAAUGCUCUUAACACCUUACUUAGCCAAUAUGAUAAUGGAUGACCAGCCAGAACAGGUUUUAAAAAUUCUAACAAGCAAUUGUGAAACCCCUUAUCUAAUAUGGAAUAACAGUACAAGAGCAGAGCUAAAUGAGUUUUUGGAACAAAGAAAGCAAAUGAGAGAUCAAUCAUACAAUAAUGUUACGUUUUCUUCCUCUGUUUAUUCUUCAGAAUUGAUUAUUGGUGGAAUAUAUAUUCGCAUAUACAAUGAACAACCUACUUACAAAAUUACAAAUGUCAAAGAAUUUGUUCUGGAUAUUUUGGAUUACUUAAAAGAAAACACAAAUAAAACAAAACUGGAAGAGGAGAGUAAUAAUAUUUUAAUGGCACUUACAGCAUUUAACCACGUUGUACAUAAAUAUCAAGAUGUUGCCAUUCAGUGCAUAGGCCAAAUGAAGUUACUCUUUUCAAUGCUAAUGUUGGAUAACUAUGAGCAAAUCCAACUGAAGACUUUACAGAUUCUUUCUCAAAUUACUAAAAUACAAGAGUGUGUCAAUGAUGUGGCUGCGUGUGGAGUUCUGUUAGACUUGUUACUUGUGUUAUACAGUCUGCCUACUCACCAAUCAAUAGCUUUAAAUAUUCUCCACAACCUGAUCACCUCUUCUGCGAUCGUUAAGGAGAUAAUUACAAAAGGUGGUGUACAAUAUUUACUGGAUAUUUUAUUAAACAGCAAAGACAUAGAUGUUAAGACUAAAACUGCAGUCGUAUUGGGAAGAUUGAUAGAAGACAAAGUUUCUGGGCAAAGAAUUAAGUUAAAUCUCCUCCAAGCUCUACCCGAUGCGAUAUGUGAUGCACUGGUCGAUUCAUCUGACAUGGCUAUCACCAUUUUGCUUAACAAUCAGGAAAAUCCUGAAAUAAUUUGGAAUGAUGUUCAUAGAGAGCAAUUAUCGAAGAUUAUAUCUGAACAUUGCAAAAAGCAAUACUGUGUUCAAAAACAAAAUCCUGAUAUAGCUGUUAAAAUGCCUGACUUGAGUAGUAUAAACAGUACCAAUGAACUGUUUAUUGGCAGAGUUUAUCUAAGGCUUUAUAAUAACAAUCCAACUUGGAGUCUUCGAAAACCUGUAAAAUUUCUUUCAGAUUUACUCGAUGCACUAGUGAAAAUCAUGCUUAAACCACAGAGUGACACUUUAGAUCCAGUGGGAAACGCUUUAACCAAUGUUCUUACUUACAAUACUGUCAUAACUAAUGAUAUACCUGCGUUAGGACAUCUCCCCAAAUUGUUUUCACAGUGGACAUUGCCGAAUGCCAACCUAUCAAAGCAUCUGCUGAAAAUGUUCAAUUUGAUUUUUGCAAAUGAGAUUUGUGUAAACAGUAUUUCACAAAUAGACUGUAUAAGCUGCAUUAAGGAAGCAAUAAAGGCACAUCCUGAAUUAACCGACAUAGGUUGUGACUGCCUAAGCAAAUUAUUUUCGUUUAAGCACGAGUCUCUUAUAAAAACGGCAUUGGAGACAGGUUUAAUUUCUUUUUUAUUGGGACUCCUUGGAGAUAAUUUGAGUUUAUCAGAAAAUCCAGCCCGUGCUAAAGCGUUCAUCGUUAAAGCUUUGAAAAGUAUGAUUUCAAGUGUGACUUACGGAUCAAAUGUGGAAGCUGCUUUAAAUAAAUCGCCAAUUUGGUCUGCAUACAGUGAACAAAAACAUGACUUAUUUAUAACAAAUUCAACCAGUGCACCUUAUCUCACAGGCCCUACUACAGCUGGAUAUCUAACUCAAGGUACUAAACCAAUGCCAAGCGUGCCGCCACCUGUUGAAGACAUUUCCCACAAGUAAAAUAUCUAUGCAGUUAUAUAUAUGUAAUAUAUAAAUAUAUGUAAAAUUAUGCAAUAAUAAAAUAACAUGUUCCUACCAAUUAUAUAGAAUGUACUAUAACCUUAUAGAGUAAUGAAGAAUGAUAGUAAUUAAAGUUUAGGGCAAAGAAGUUAUAUCCAUAUUUUUGAAUGUAUAUAAUUUCAUGUGAUAUUCCAUGCAUUUUGUUGAUAUAUAUUGUCAUUGGUAAGAAAUAUUGUUAAUAUACAAAUAAAAUCUAGUUGUUGUAAAUGUAUUUCUAUUAUUUUGGUUAAAAACCAAUUGUCACAAAUGUGAUACUUUUUUUAUUUUUUUGCUUAAAAAAAAUGUUUUAGUAGUUAGUUGUGUAUAAAUCAUUACUAUUCGUCUUGGAAAUUGGUUAAGAUUUGUAUGAUUUUAUAAGGACAGAAAGGAAAGAGAGCUAACAUGUAAUUAUUAGAGAAGGUGAAAAAUAAAUUAAAUUUAUAUUUAAAAAAAUGUAAUGACCAUUUGAUAAAAAUAAAUUUAAAAAUAUAACGAUUGCACAAGUAAUAUAAUAAUAAAAAUAAUAAAAAGACAGUGUUCUUUACAAAUAAAUGUGCUUAUCGAUUUAUAGUGUUUCUUUGAAUUUUUUAAUUAUUUUUAUUCAUAAGAGAUUAUACAUCUUGUCCCAGUUUAUGGGUUUGCAUUAAACUAUUACAAAGUAAAAAAGUCAUAAACAUUGAAUUCUAAGACGAGAAGUUUAAAAACAUGAUUUCUUUCCCAUUAUAAAUAAUGCUUUCCCUACCAAUAGUGCCUUAUUAAAUGCCUUAUUUUUCAAGAUUAUACUAUUUGAUGGUUUUUUAUGUAAUUCAUUACCAGAAAAGCCUGUACAUAUUUUGUUCCAAGCAAAAUUUUCUUUAAUGAAUAUAAUAUACAAAUAAUGAUGCCCAAUAAUAAGCAAAGUGUGUAACUCCUCAUAUAUGUUAAUCAUGUUACAAAACAAUAUUGUAUUUUCACAUAAAAUAUAUAUGUGUAUAUAUAUUA